AUGGCAUUUGAGGAUCUCAUAACCAUGGUUGCAUUGUUCUUGGUUGUGAUACUUAGUUUCUGCAGUGGAGUUAGAGCUGACCCACAAGUUCCUUGUUACUUCAUUUUUGGUGAUUCUUUGGUCGAUAAUGGUAACAACAAUGUUCUUAGUUCUUUGGCUAGAGCUGAUUAUCUUCCUUAUGGAAUUGAUUUCCCUGAUGGACCUUCUGGUAGGUUUUCCAAUGGGAAAACCACUGUUGAUGAAAUUGCUGAACUAUUGGGAUUCGACGAUUACAUUCCUCCAUAUGCAUCAGCUAGUAAUGAUGCUAUACUCAAAGGAGUCAAUUUUGCAUCUGCAGCUGCUGGAAUUAGAGAGGAAACUGGCCGGCAACUGGGAGGGCGCACUACUUUUAGUGGCCAAGUGAAUAAUUACCAAGAAACUGUGUCACGAGUGGUGAAUUUACUAGGAACUGAGGAUCAAGCUGCAAGUUACUUGGGCAAAUGCAUAUACUCAAUUGGAUUGGGUAGCAAUGAUUACUUGAACAACUAUUUCAUGCCUCAAUUCUAUUCAACAGGUAGUCAGUAUACACCAGAAGCCUUUGCUGAUGUUCUUAUUGAAGAUUAUACUAAACAACUUCGAACUCUAUACAAUUAUGGAGCAAGGAAAAUGAUACUAUUUGGGAUUGGUCAAGUAGGGUGCAGUCCAAAUGAAUUGGCCCUACACAGCGAAGAUGGAUCAACAUGUGUGGAAAACAUCAAUACAGCAAACCAAAUGUUCAACAGCAAACUGAAAUCUCUUGUUGAUCAACUUAGCAAUGAGCUUCCCGAUUCGAAAGUUAUCUACAUAAAUUCUUAUGGCAUUUUUCAAGAUAUUAUAAGCAACCCUUCAGCUUAUGGUUUUAGUGUCAUAAAUUCUGGAUGUUGUGGAGUAGGAAGGAACAAUGCUCAAAUAACAUGUUUACCAUUGCAAACACCAUGUGAGAAUAGAAGAGAGUAUUUGUUUUGGGAUGCUUUUCAUCCAACUGAAGCUGGAAAUAUUAUUGUUGCUCAGAGAGCUUACAAUGCUCAAUCUCCAGAGGAUGCUUAUCCUAUUGAUAUUAGCCACUUAGCUCAGCUCUGA